AGGACUCCCCAGUCCGGAACCACAACACUGACAGCUCCUCCUCCUCCUCCUCUUCCUCUCCUGUCUCCUCUCGCUGGAUUGUUCUUCUUCGGUGGUGCGUUCAGGGCCCCGGAACCAUGGAGCUGUCGGAUAUCUCGUUCCCCAUCCCGGCCGCGGAUGACUUCUACGACGACCCGUGCUUCAACACCAGCGACAUGCACUUCUUCGAGGACCUGGACCCGCGGCUGGUCCACGUGGGCCUCCUCAAGCCGGACUCCUCCUCCUCCCCUUGCUCCUCGCCCUCCCCUUCCUCCACCUCCUCCUCCUCCUCGUCCUCCCUGGCGCGCCACAACCACCAGGACCAGGACGAGCAGCACGUGCGCGCGCCCAGCGGGCACCACCAGGCGGGCCGCUGCCUGCUGUGGGCCUGCAAGGCCUGCAAGAGGAAGACCACCAACGCGGACCGGCGCAAGGCGGCCACGCAGCGCGAGCGCCGGCGGCUCGGCAAGGUGAACGACGCGUUCGAGUCCCUGAAGCGGUGCACGUCGGCCAACCCCAACCAACGGCUGCCGAAGGUGGAGAUUCUGCGCAACGCCAUCAGCUACAUCGAGUCCCUGCAGGCGCUGCUGCGCGGCGGCGGCGGCGGGGGGCCGGACGACGGCGGCUUCUACCCGGCGCUGGAGCACUACAGCGGGGACUCGGACGCCUCCAGCCCGCGGUCCAACUGCUCCGACGGCAUGACGGAUUUCAACUCGACCUGCCAAUCAAACCGGAGAGGAAGUUAUGACAGCUCGUACUUCUCCGAGACGCCACGCGGUGUGAAGAGCAGCCGCAGCUCGGUGGUCUCCAGCCUGGACUGCCUGUCCAGCAUCGUGGAGCGGAUCUCCACAGACCACCACGGCCUGCUGCCGCCUCCUCCUCCUCCUCCUCCUCCUCCUCUUCUGCUCCCCUCCGCCGGCCCCGGGGUCUCGCCGCCGGCCCCCGUUGUCGAGGCCCCCCCACCGCCCGCCAGCCAGGACCCCAACCUGAUCUACCAGGUUCUUUAGAGACCUCCACCAGGUCCUUUUAGAGACAUCCACCAGGUCGUCUAGAGACCUCCACCA